AUGGCACCGGCAACAGCCAAGUCUCGCACCAAACCCGUCAAGCAGAAGAUGGCCGUCUCCUUCAAGUCGCUGAUGUCGUCGGUGCUCGGCCGGGGCGCCGACGGCGGUCCCACGCCGAUCCUCGAGCUCUUCCCCAAGACGGACCCCGCGGUCGACGGCGACGAGUGCCUGCACGACUGCGAGGGGUGUAGCGUCAAGUAUCCGCGCAAUUUCAAGGUCGAGACCGAGGAUGACCUCUACGGCCACGUCAAGGAGUGGGCGACGCAUGCCAUUGUCGCCACCAGCAAAUCGGACUGGGUUCGCGACAGCGCGGACGAGAAGGGCAGUGUCAUGCAGGCCAUUGACAAUGCGCCUCACAAGCCGUCCAACGGGAAAAUGAAGCUCUCCGCGUCCAACAUGCCCACGCCCAACGACACCACCGACUACUCGGAACCCACCACCGUCCUCCUCCUCCCCGCCUUCGUCCUCGUCCGCAACGUCCAGCCCGCCAACGUGUCGCAGCUCAUCACCGACGUCGUCAGCAAGUCGCCCACCAACACCUCCCCGAUGGCGCCCUUUGCGUUGCCCGCCUCCGUCCCGAGCGCCGCGCCGGGCACCAUUCCGGACCUCGUCACGGCCGACUGCCCACACAGCGCCGUCAUCCUGCUGUGCAGUCAAAAGACGCGCGACGCUCGCUGCGGCCAGAGCGCGCCGCUGCUGCGCAAAGAGUUUGAACGCCACCUGCGCCCGCUCGGUCUUGCCCGCGACCUCCACGAUGAGCGGCCCGGCGGCGUCGGCAUCUACUUCAUCGACCACGUCGGCGGUCACAAGUACUCGGCCAACGUCAUGAUUUACCGGCGCGCGAAUGCCUUUGGCCACGACCAGCUGCCGGAGAAGGCGGCCGGCAACGAGACGCAAGGGAACGGGGAGGCGACACCGACGACGACGACGCCGACGCCGGACAUGGGCGCCGCGCAGUGCAUGUGGCUCGCGAGGGUCCGCCCGGAGGACUGCGAGAACAUUGUGCGCUACACCAUCCUUAAGGGAAGGCUGGUCAAGCCCGAGAGUCAGCUACGAGGAGGUUUUGACCGGUGCAAGGGGCUGAUGAGCUGGUGA